UAACAACAUUGGGAUAUAUAUUGUUGUUUAUUCAUUCGUAAAUAAAUUUUUACACUUUGUACUUUUAUAUAUUUAAUAAUUAGGGUGUGUACUAAAUACAUUAAUAUUUAUAAAUUUAUAAAUUAAUAACUUAAUAGUAAAUAAUGGCGACUGUACACCGCGAAGCUUUUCAAAAACAAAUUCAACAAGACUGGGCCAAUCGUGAAUACAUUGAAGUCAUUACUGGAAGUAUCAAAAAAAUAACAGAUUUUUUAAAUUCAUUUGAUAUGUCUUGUAGGUCAAGACUCGCAGUUUUGAAUGAAAAACUAUCGACACUAGAACGCAGAAUUGAAUACCUCGAAGCUUGUGUAACGAAAGGAGAAACUUUGACGUAAAUAAAAAAAAUGAGUUAUUAUUGAUCAGUAUUAGAAUUUUUAUAAAUCACAAUCAUGUAAAUAUUUUGAUUCUAUAAAUAAAAAGUAAUAAUAU